UAGUAUUAGACAACAUUAAUGGAUGAUGAAUUUAAUGUGACAUAUAUAACAUUUGGUGGGCAUGUGGAAGUGUAUAAAUACAGAUAUCUUUAUUUUUUGAUCGUGUUUACAGUGUAUAUUUUAAUCAUCUGCUUUAAUUGCACCAUUGUGAGCCUCAUCUGGAUUCACAGAAACCUCCAUGAGCCUAUGUACAUUUUCAUUGCAGCUUUGUUAAUCAACUCUGUUGUUUUCAGCACUAAUAUUUACCCAAAGUUGUUAAUUGACUUUUUAUCUGAAAAACAGAUCAUAUCAUAUUCUGCUUGUCUCCUUCAGUUUUAUUUAUUUUAUACUUUAGGAUGUUCAGAAUUCUUGCUGUUGUCAGCCAUGGCCUAUGACAGGUAUGUGUCUAUAUGUAAACCUCUGCAAUAUCCAACUAUCAUGAGAAAAAACACUGUUUGUAUUUUUUUGGCUUUAUCUUGGAUUAUACCUGUUUGUGAGAUUGCAGUUCCAGUUAUAAUGAGUGCAGAUGUGAAACUGUGUAAUUUAAUUUUAGAUGGAAUAAUCUGCAACAACUCACUUUACAAUCUCCACUGUGUGAGUUCAAGGGCACGAACUAUAUUUGGUGUUGUUGGUGUGAUAAUCACUGCACUUCUCCCUCUGCUCUUCAUACUUUUUACAUAUACUAGGAUACUUGUAAUAUCUUAUCAAAGUUGUAGAAAUGUGAGGAAAAAAGCUGCACAGACCUGUUUACCUCACCUGAUGGUUUUAUUCAGUUACUCCUGUUUAUGUGCAUAUGAUAUUAUUAUAGUUCGACUGGGGUCUGAUUUUCCAAAAACUGCACGUUUAAUUAUGACUUUACAGUUGAUUCUGUAUCAUCCUCUCUUCAAUCCAAUUAUAUAUGGACUAAAAAUGAAAGAAAUAUCUAAACACCUGAAGAGUUUGUUCUGUCAAACCAAAGUCAUCUAA